AUGUCUCAAAAUUCUACACCGAUUGCAAAUAACAAUGGAAUUCAAGUGAUUGAUCCACCACUUUUGAGAACAAUUAAAUUCUCUUUGUUUGCAGUUGCGGUGCCGAUAUCAAUGUCUUGCUAUCUAUUCAUAAUCUACCAAAUGCUGAGUCAUCGAGCUCUGCGAGGAGGUCUUCAUAAUCAUGCUAUUAUUGUCAAUUUAUGCUUCAACCUGGUCGUAGUUAUGGUUGAUUUGCCAUUUAUCCUGAGCUAUCUGCAUCUAGCACAUGUUAUACCGGCAACCGAAGCUCACUGUCUUGCUUGGCAGUUUGUAGACUAUGGAGUGUGGUUCACGGAUGUUUUUGUAACAUUUUGGGCAUCCAUUGAGCGGCAUAUAUUGAUAUUUCAUUCGAAUAUGACCAAUACGGCAAAGAAACGCUUGUUCUUUCAUUGGAUCCCACUGGUAUUCUUUUCAUUGUAUGCCCCAACUAUUUACACUUAUUUAGUCUUUUUCUACCCAACUCCACACAACUACGAUUUCACACAAUACUUAUGUGGUGGACCCUACUAUUACAACGACAUUGCACCAUGGUUGCUUUGGUAUGAAACGAUUGUUCACUUUACCAUGCCAAAUAUUCUCAUCGUCGUACUCGGAUUUGCUCUUGUGAUUCGCGUAGUUGUGCAAAAGCAAAAGUUAUGUCAAUCUGCGGGAUGGCGACAAUAUCGGAGAACGACCAAACAAUUUGUCUUUAUAUCUUUAGUCUAUAUCUGUAAUCUACCGUACAUUAUUGUGACAAUUGUGCGAUGGUCAGGAUAUCCUGAUUUUGGACUGAAUGUUCAAGGACCUUAUUUCUUCUAUAUGCUCUACAUUCCAACCUUGUUUUUCCCAUUUGCUGUCCUUGUAACAAUGCCAAACUUAAGAGAGAAAUUUAGUCGAUAUUUUCAUCAGAGCACGAUCCUGCAAAUGAACAUUAUUGCACCGACUAACAAUGAUGCACGCUAA